UUUUUAACAAGCGGGAGUGAAGCGCUUCGUUGCGUUCCGCCUUCCGGGGACGCUUUGCAAGUCGCCAAGUGGGAAAGGCGACCCGCAGCAAGGAGUCCGGGUGGCGAGAGUUUUGAAUACGUCCUUGUGCUGUUGGAUGCAAAAACUCCCUGGGAAACGGUGCCUCGCAGGAUCCAACCGUGGAGAUUGAAGUCGUGGUUUUACCCAGUACGUGUCCCUUGAGCUGGAAUUCCGGCUUUGUUUGGUUAGACUUGACUUCCAUAGGGGCGCAGCCUUCACUGCCCGCGUUGACACUUGCCCAUUCCCCCCACCCCCCCACACACACUCAUUUUUUUUUUCCCUGGGAACUUCCACCGGAUAUUUUAUCAGGAAUCGGGGCGAAGUGGCGGAAAAGCUUAUAUUCGUAUUAAACCUGUCCCAGCAAACUUCCUUGGAGGAGUCUGCGCGCGCGCGCACUGCGAACCGGGCGAAAUUCCCUCACAACUGUAUUUUUUAUUUAUUUUUUGCUCCUAACCGCCGAACCGCGGGGAAACGGAGGAGCCUUGCGCUUGAACUACCAGCUAACUUUAUGGGGGGCGUCUGAUUUGGGAAAGUUUUUGGUUUUUUUGCCUCGUAUGCCGGGUUCUUAUCUAGUGUUGUUGCAGAGGGCAGCAGGGAAUGAACGCGCUUAGUAAAAACAUGCAGCCCUGGAAGUUUAACUUGGAAUCUCCUGGGAAUGUUGCUGCCUGGAUUCGUGCGCGUAGCGGUGGAAUAAUACAGCUAAAAAGGGUCCUGGUUUCUGAGGUUAUCUAAGAGGAGAUACUGGCCGUAGGAACUGCAGACAUUGGACAUAGUAGGAAGGGCAGCAAGUGACUGUCAUUCUACACCACCUCUCACCAGUUGCUUGGAAACCUGCAGUCCAGGCUGGAACCAUGGACUCUGCCAGGGCCCCCCACAUGAAGGUCCGGAGAGACGUCGGUGACUACCUCAACUAUGAAAUCAUCAGCAAGCAUUACAACUACACAGGGAAGCUCAAUGAGAAUGCCGAAAGUGGGAUCAAAGCAACAUCGGUGGUUUUCAUCAUUAUCUGCUGUUUCAUCAUCCUCGAGAACAUCUUUGUUCUGCUGACUAUUUGGAAAACCAAGAAAUUCCACAGGCCAAUGUACUACUUUAUUGGUAACUUGGCACUCUCAGAUCUGCUGGCAGGAGUGGCAUACAUCGCUAACAUCCUACUGUCCGGCUCCACGACUUACAGCCUCACCCCUGCCCAAUGGUUUCUUAGAGAAGGAAGCAUGUUUGUGGCUUUGUCUGCUUCGGUCUUCAGCCUGCUAGCUAUUGCCAUUGAGCGAUAUAUCACCAUGUUGAAAAUGAAGCUCCAUAAUGGCAGUAAUAGUUUCCGUUCCUUCCUGCUUAUCAGCGCCUGUUGGGUCAUCUCUGUGAUAUUAGGGGGUCUCCCUAUUAUGGGAUGGAACUGCAUUGGCUUCCUGGAGAAUUGCUCCACAGUGUUGCCUCUUUAUCAUAAGCAUUAUAUCCUUUUUUGCACCAGUAUAUUUACUGGCCUCUUACUGGCCGUUGUGAUCCUUUACUGUAGGAUCUACAUCUUGGUAAGGACAAGGAGCCGUAGGCUGACUUUUCGGAAGAACGUGGCCAAAGCAACCCGGAGCUCAGAGAAGUCACUGGCUCUGCUGAAGACGGUGAUUAUUGUUUUAAGCGUCUUCAUUGUCUGCUGGACUCCCUUGUUCAUUCUUUUGUUGCUGGACGUGAGAUGCAAAGUCAAGUCUUGCCCCAUCCUCUUCAAGGCUGAAUAUUUCUUAGUACUAGCAGUUCUGAACUCAGCCACCAAUCCAAUCAUCUACACGCUUACCAACAAGGAGAUGCGGAGGGCCUUUUUCAAGAUUGUACGGUGCUGUACGUGUCCCACCACAGACUCUGGGGCCAAAGUCAAGAGACCCAUCAUUGGAGGGAUAGAAUUCAGUCGAAGCAAAUCUGACAAUUCCUCCCAUCCUCAGAAAGAUGAGGGGGAUCCUCCAGAAACAAUUGUGUCCUCCGGUAAUGUCACCUCGUCGUCUUAGGAGCUUUGGCAAAAUGGAGGCCUGAGCCCCUUGAAGGCUGACACGUGGGGGAUAGCUCUGCUUGCUUGUCUCCAGACAGAAGGAGGAGAGUGAGAACGAGUUGGUCUAAAGGGGAAAUGGAGUAUUGGUUGGGGGUCCAGCUGUUGGUCUAAGACACAUGGUGUCCUUUGAAAAUAUUUCCUCUCUGGGAGAAUGUUGUAUGUUGGUUUUCCCUGAGGCAACUUAGGGUUGUUAGGAAUAUUCAAGCUCUAUAUACCUUUGAAAAGUAGACACUUGGAUCAGCCUUUGAAUGGGAGUAUGAGUGGGGAAGGAGAGAAAUAUCUUCAAAUUGUCCCCCCCCAAGGUAAAACUCCUGAACCCCCGAAACAAAGUUCUUGCUAUAUUGGAUUGACAGUCUUAUUUAAUUAACUCCCUUGUCCAGGGAAGGAAAUGUGCUAGUAUAUUCUGAGUAAUAGAAAGAGAACCGGGGCUGGGAUUUUAUCUCAAGAGUUGUUCAGGUGGGUGUUUCUCUUUGGCACUUAAUCAUCAGUGGAAAGCCAAUGGGAAUUAGGUGCUGGAGACUGCUGUGGGUUACUCUGAGGAAGAUAGCCCCAUACUCCUGGUUGUAGUUGAAUCCUCAAGGAAUUAGUGAGACUGUGAUACGUGUGAAUUAGACUGGGGCUGUUUGAACUUAAUAGAUGUGUCAUUUGAACUUUUAAAAAAAGCUGAUAAAUAUGCUGCUUUCAGUAACGAAUUGCAUUUUAAUAACUUUAACAGCAGCUUUAUAUACACAGUUUUAACCGUCAGCCAUGUCCCAUUUCUGCUCCUGGUAAUCAUAAGAAUGGCUCUGCUGGAGACCUUAAUUUUCUUCCAGUCAACUUUGUUGUAGGACCUCCCUUAUCUUAGUGUAGGAUACAUAUUUUUCCUUCUUCUUCCUCCUGCCCCCCAUUGAUCAAACAGCUGAACAUGGGGUGCUUGCAAGCAGGAGAUGGAGCCAUACCUGUUUACUACUGUUGGUCUGCAACUAAUAGUUUGAGAUAGGUUGUUCUAUAGCUCUUCAAAAUUAAUAGACCAAUUCUCUGUGAAUUUAUCCUUUUCUUUUUUAAAGCCAUUUGAAUUAAUGGCCAUUGCCCUCUCUAGUGUUAAUGAAUUCAACCAGGUUAAUUAUGUGCUGUGUGAUGAAAUAUUUUGUUUUUCCUCUCCUUCCAAUCAAGUUCUUAGGAUGAUUUUUCUGAAUCCUAAUGUUCUUUGCGAAGGAUACAUAUUUUCCUGUUUAUUUUCUUCACAGCAUACAAAAUUUCCUAUUUUCUUUUGCUAUGUAAAUUGUUUAUUUGUAAUGGCACAGUGGUUAGAACACAGUAUUGCAGAUUAACUCUGCCCUCUGCCAGGAGUUCGAUCCUGACCAGCUCAAGGUUGACUCAGCCUUUCAUUCUUCUGAGGUCAGUAAAAUGAGGACCCAGAGUAUUGGGGGGCAAUAUGCUGACAUUGUAAACUGCUUAGAGAGUGCUGUAAAGCACCAGGAAGUGGUAUAUAAAUCUAAGUGCUAUUGCUAUUCAUUUCUCAUAAUCAUCUUCUAAGGAAGAUAUUGAAACUCAGUCUCUUUUGUUGCCCUCUCCUACAAUGCAAUUUUUCCAGUUGCAUUAUGCCUUUUUCGAAAUGUAGCCAGAAGUGUACACUGCAUUAUAAAUACGAAUGAACCCUUUGUGUAAGGGCUUUACAAUUCGAUAGUUUUAUUUUAAUCCCUAGCAUGGACUAUUUCUUUCUCAUAGUGUCACACGUUUAGUUAACAACUUUAUUAGUUGUCUGCUGUGACCGUACAUUUCUUCUGGUUAGAGGUUUACCUCAGUGUGCAACAUUUUAUGUAUUUAUUUCUGAGAUAUAGUUUAGGCUGAAAGAUGAAUCACAGAUAAUAAGACUUCUAAGAAAUGAACAAAGAAAGAAGAUUGGGCCAUUCUGCAACUUCAGCAAAUGUCCACACUUAAAAUCUUUGUGUAACCAUUAUGUGUCCUUUCAUUUUAAAUGGUGUCCACUGACUGCAAAUCCAUGUCCAUCCAUGGAAAGUAUUAUUUGUAUUAAAUGAAUGUAUUUUAUUACAGCAUUAAUUGCUAUUUUGUGUUUGUGUAUGUAUGUGUAUGUUUUAAUUUGAGUCAAUAUAAAAUGUAGAGAUGCCAAUAAGCAUAGAUGCUAUUUUAUAUCUGGACUGGUUGUCUUCAAUUUUAUGAGAAAUUCAAGCUUCAUCCUAACCUGAAAGGAAGUUCCCCAUAUUAAUUACUUGGGACGUACAUCUGUCUUUUCCACUUAAGAUCAAUCAGUUGCAAAGGAAGAUACUGUGGAUUUCUGUAUAUAUAAUAGUUGUGUGAAAGAAAGGAUUUCUGAAGGUGCUGCUUAUGGUGAAAUCAGUGUGUCUUUGUGCAGGUGUGAGGGAUCCACCUCCUAAAAUCAUCAGAGUUCAGUGGAAGAGGCCAUGUUUUACAUCUGGGAGGAUCCAAAGUUUUAAAUUUAAAAAAAAAUGAAAAUGGCAGCAGUGUCUCCACUGCUGUGGUUGUUAAUCCGUCGAUAUUGCAUUAUUGAGCUUUGUUGUCAUAAGCAAAGUAGCUUCAACCCACAGAUCAAUGUACAAGUAUUGGCUGAAUUCAUAGGUGGGCGUUAGAAACAAGGUUAUUGGCCCUUUUAGCAUUAUUUUCAGUGCAAUUUUUUUAAAAAAAUAUGUAAAAUGUUUCUGACUUGGUUGUACAGUAUAGCCUAAGUAUUAAUAAACUGGGAUUUUGUAUAAACUGUA